AACAACGCAUAUAAACAGUGUGGGAUACGCGUGAUCUCAAAUUUUAGCAGGUGUCAACAAUUAACGAUUGAUAAAUUUUACGAAUCGUAUUUUAUAAAUAAACCAAAAUUUCUAUGGUGAAAUUAUUUUCAAUGAUAAAUAACGGUACGUAGAAUGAGUAUAGCCGUUCAAGCGCAUGGUAAUGCUGAAAAAUUCGGCGUAAAUACACAGCAACUUGAAGAAAUAAUCGCACCGUCUGAUGAGCGCACGGUGUUGCCAAGACAAAACACGUUAGAAAAAAUGGACAGAGAUUCAGAAACAUACACAGAUAAAUACGAAGAAAAGGAUUUCAAAGAUUAUUCUUCAAGCGAAGAUAGUUAUGAUGAUGAUUUUGAAAGCGAUGGAGCUGCAGGUGAAAGUCAAAAAAAAUCGAAAUCCGUUGAACGAGAUCGCAAGAACUCGAGCCGUACUUAUACUCAAAGCGAAUUAUCGCCACGCUCCGUCAACAAUGGGAAGAGAAAAGUUGGUGGUUCAAAAGCGUACGCAUCGCUGAGAUAUUCCAACCCAGCUACAGCAAGAAUUCCUCCUCUCAAGAACUUCAUCAGAGCGAAAAAACAUCGUUCAGCAGAAACGAAGAAUCGCAGGAAAAUCGAUCAUACUGUUGUCGACAGAGUCUUGUCUGCAAAUCGGCACAAGGUGACACAGCUUGAGAGCCGGAUGACUCAGCUCAUCAAUGAGCUGAUGAAGGAACGAGAAGAGAACAAGACCUUACGGCUGAUACAAUAUAGACAGGAGAAAAAGUUGGUAAAGGUAAUUGGUGAUGAGGCAGAGUUACCGCAACUGUUGGUGAAGCAUACGGCCGAGGUGAAAAACUUGCGCGAGAGAUUACGUAAGCUACAAGAAACAUCACAUCAGAAGGAUGCGAAAAUCUUAGAGCAAGAUAAGACCAUAUUGAAAUUAAAAGACAAGUGUAAGUAUUACAAAGAUCUUUGUGAUAAGGAAAAAUUGGUAGAGAAAUCAGAAUUGGAGAGAAAUCUGUUGAAAGCGGAAGAUACCUUGAAAAAGAGGGAGGAAGAGAUCUCAAAACUUCAAAAAAUGCUUAGCUUGAAAGAAAAAUCCCAUUCAAGAAAUUUCAAGGAGCAACAGCAAAAGCUCAAAGAGGCGACUCAAAACAUGCAAAUCAUGCAAGAAAAUUAUCACAAUUUACAAGAAAAACUUAGGGUCAAAGAAAAACAGCUGGACUACACGAACAUCUAUCAACGACAAAUUGUCCAGAAAGAAAAAGGUCAAGAGGUUCUUGAGAUCACGCCUAAAAUGGUCGCUCUACCACCUACGACACGCGCCAAACCAACUGCAAGUUCGGGGCAAGCGCAAGCACGUUGAAAGGGGGUAUGGUAACCAACAAAAAAUCCACAUUGGAAGGAAUAUCUGCAGGGGAAAACAGCAAAAAAUUUAACUCGGUUUUCCUAACAACUCAAAGCGACAAAGAGAACGAUUCGGAUCACGACGAGGAUCAAAAAAUCUCGUCACCAAUGGCGACUUCCUUCGACAAGGCUGUUGUUCACGAUGGCUUAUUAAAUAGCGCGAAUAACGGGAAAGCUGUCAUGGAUGAUAGUUUCAAAGAUCACGAGAAA